AUGGAAAGGAUGAGCAAUGUAACAGAAUUCAUCCUACUGGGUCUGACCCAGAAUCCAGGAAUGCAAAAGCUCUUAAUUUUGUUUGUUUGUUUGUUUCUGAUCACCUACUUGAUCAUGUUGGCAGGUAACCAACUCAUCUCAGUCACCAUCUUUACCAGCCCAGCCCUCGGUUCUCCCAUUAAGACUCUAAACUCACCCAUGUACUUUUUUCUUGCUAGCUUAUCAUUCAUGGAUGUCAUUUAUUCUUCAGCCAUUACCCCAAAAUUGAUUUCCGAUCUGUUCUUUGUGGAAAAUACCAUAUAUUUCAAAUUUUGUAUGGCUCGGUUCUGUAUAAAGCACCUUUUCGGUGGAUCUGAAGUCUUUCUUCUGUUGGUGAUGGCCUGUGACCGCUAUGUGGCCAUCUGUAAGCCCUUGCAUUAUUUGGUGAUCAUGAGGCAGAGGCGAGUGUGUGUUAUGCUUCUUCUCCUGGCCUGGGUUGGUGGGUUUUUACAUGCUGUAGUUCAACUUCUCUUUGUUUAUAGCCUUCCUUUCUGUGGGCCCAAUGUCAUUGACCACUUCAUCUGUGACAUGUAUCCCUUGUUGAAACUUGCCUGUACUGACACCUACAUUAUUGGCCUCACAGUGGUUGCCAAUGAUGGGGCGAUCUGUGUGGUCAUCUUCAUGCUUUUGCUCAUCUCCUAUGGGGUCAUCCUGCACUCCCUGAAGAAUCUUAGUCAGGAAGGGAGGCGCAAAGCCUUGUCCACCUGUGGUUCCCACAUUACCGUGGUGGUCCUCUUUUUUGUGCCCUGUAUUUUUAUGUAUGUGAGACCCCCUUCCACCUUACCAAUUGAUAAAUCCUUGACUGUGUUUUACACAAUUAUCACUCCUAUGUUGAACCCUCUAAUCUAUACUCUGAGAAAUGCUGAGAUGAAAAAUGCCAUGAAAAAGCUCUGGACUAGUAAAAGAAAAUGA